AUGUCUGAUAAACGUAGACAAGUCGCCACUUUGAAAGCCAAGCAAGUUACUGCACAAAAAAAGAGACGACGACGUACUGACCCUGGCGUGAAACCUUCAACUAAUAUGCCAAGUACACCAAAUAGACCUGGCAUUACCUCACCAAUUUAUCCUCAAUCGUUUGCUUCACAACAGCGUCAAACAAUUAAUGAAGACUAUUCAACCUCUUCCGUUAGUUCAGUAGGUGAAGAGGAAUCCGAAAAAAUAAUGACCGAAGAUGAGGAAGACUUUGAGGAUUAUUGUAAAGGAGGUUAUCAUCCCGUUAAAGUUGGUGAUAUAUUCAAUGAUGGAAGUUAUACGGUUGUCCGAAAGUUAGGUUGGGGUCACUUUUCCACAGUUUGGCUUGCAAAAGACAAUCAUCACAAUCGACAUGUCGCACUUAAAGUUGUUAAGUCUGCCCCACAUUAUACUGAAACAGCUUUAGAUGAAAUAAAAUUAUUGCAAAAGAUCGUUGACGCAAAUCCAGAUGCUCCUGGUCGUCGUCAUGUAGUUGAACUUUUAGACCAUUUUCAGCAUAGGGGACCCCAUGGAACGCAUGUGUGUAUGGUAUUUGAAGUAUUGGGCGAAAACUUGUUGAGUUUGAUAAAAAGAUACAGUCAUCGAGGGAUUCCAUCACAUUUGGUCAAACAAAUUACAAAGCAAGUUCUUAUGGGUCUAGAUUAUAUGCAUAGGGAAUGUGGAAUUAUCCAUACUGAUUUAAAACCGGAGAAUGUGCUGGUAUGCAUCGAUGAUGUAGAGGAGGUUGUCCGAAAUGAACUUUUAUGUCGCGGGAAACCACCGGCUACAACUACUACUAAAAAGGGACAACAAUUACGUAUUACGGGAAGUCAACCUCUUUCAUCACCAUCAUCAAAGUCACCAUCUGUACAAAAUUCAUUAAUAGCAUUGCAACAACCUCCACCUCCAACACAAGGUAUGUCUAAAAAUCAGAAAAAAAAAUUAAAGCAAAGAUUGAAGAAACAAGCCGCGAAAGGAAAUGGGACAAAUGGAAUUGGAAUGGAUAUAGAUUGUGAGGUCGUAAAAAAGGAUAUAGAGAAUGGAGAAGAUAUUGAAAUGGUCGAAAACGUUUGUAGUCCAGAUGAUGUAACAACGGAAACAUUGGAACGCGACCUUAAUGACAUUUCUCUUGUCGAUUCAUCUACUCCGAAUUAUCAUUCAUCAUCAUCCAUAGUAACUACUUCCAACGUCCAAACGAAUCUAACACGAAAGUCAUCUACUUCAACGAAAUGGACUACCCCGGAUACGAUUACUGUCAAAAUUGCUGAUCUAGGCAAUGCAUGUUGGGUGGAUCAUCAUUUCACAAAUGAUAUUCAGACAAGACAAUACAGAAGUCCGGAAGUCAUUCUCGGUAGUCGAUGGGGAAGUAGUGCAGACAUUUGGAGUAUGGCAUGUAUGAUUUUUGAACUUUACACGGGUGAUUAUUUGUUCGAUCCACAGGCAGGAUCACGGUACAAUAAGGACGAUGACCACAUAGCUCAAAUUAUGGAGCUUUUGGGUAUUUUUCCAAAAAAUUUGGCCUUAAGCGGAAAGUAUUCAAACGAGAUCUUCAAUCGUAAAGGGGAAUUAAGACAUAUUCAUAAACUUCGACCUUGGAAACUUGCUGAUGUUUUGCAUGACAAAUAUGGGCUUUCACGAACUGAUGCAGAUUUUAUGAGCUCAUUUCUAUUACCAAUGUUAGAUUUAAAUCCGGACAAGAGGGCUUCGGCAAGACAAUCAUUGAAUCAUCAAUGGCUACAGAUUGAAAGUUAUUUAUCUGAAGGAACAACUUCGGGUUCAGGGACCUCGACAAAAUUGACAAGAUCCAGGUCAUCUGAUAAUGGAAUCG